AUGCCAGAUUCCGAGGAUAUAGCAUUAGUUGUGCUAUCCCAUGGAUUGUGGGGCGUCAGAGAUCAUAUGGUGUUUAUUGAAAAAAAGCUGAUAGAUAAAUAUCAAGACAAGAUUCAUGUGUUGAAUUCGAGCGUCAAUGAAGCAAAAUUCUCGUAUGAUGGGGUUGAUAUUUGUGGUGAGAGAUUGGCUGAAGACAUUGAAUCAACAGUUGUACGACUCGGGAAAAAUGGAAAGCAAGUCAAGAGAAUUAGUAUGAUAGGAUAUUCAUUAGGUGGAUUAAUCGUGCGAUAUGCCAUUGGACAUUUAGGGCAAAAGGGAUUCUUCAACACUAUUGAGCCAGCAUACUUUGUCACAUUUGCAACACCCCACAUGGGCGUCCGAUUACCAUCCUCCAACGCAUUUUCCAUCAUGUUCAAUUUCGUCAGUGGUAGACUCGUUUCCAGAUCUGGAGAACAGCUCCAGCUGCUAGAUAAAUACGACAAAGUUGACAAUAAGCCGAUGCUCGAGAUUUUGUCGGAUCCAGAUCAACCUUAUUUCAAGUACUUGUCGAAAUUCAAGAAAAGACGAACUUACGCAAAUAUUGCCAACGAUAGAACAGUGGCUUAUUGGACUGCAGGAUUGGAACUGAGAGAUUAUUUCUUUAAUAGUAAGGGAAAGGUAGAUUUCACAUUGGACGAGACAUACAACUCGAUUAUCACAUCAUUUGAAAAACGAUUACCGAAUGCGCCCAAGAGCAACAAAGUGGGUGAUUUGGAUGCGAAUGGCAAGAGAAAAAAGAAGCCUCUCAAGCCCAUCAUCCUCAAGUAUACAUUUUAUUGUUUGCUACCCAUUCUUGGCCCUAUAUUCUAUAUCCUUGCCCUCUCCUUCAUCGGGUUUCAAGGUCUCGUCAGUCGUUACCGUACAUCGCAAAUCUUGGAUCAGAAAAAGUCGCUGAUUACUAACAACCAGAACAGCACAUCAGAGGAGACAUUGGGACGUCGGUCCAGUGAGGCAGAUCGAUACAUGAAUGGCGAGUUGUUGGCAGGUGCUUUGGAUGCAGUCAAUUUACCAGGCGAACAAAACUCUCCGCCUAAGAAGCAUUCUACUUCAUCUGAUGCAUUGAACGCCAAGACGUACUAUUACAAUGUAGAGCCUUCAAAGUUGCUCGACGAGUCAUGCAAACCACUUCCUUUUAUUGACACAACCAAGCGCAUCCACAGAAACUUACGAUUGCUGGAAUGGGAACGCGUUUGGGUGUAUAUCAGAGCAUUCAAUGCGCAUGGAAGUAUUGUUUGUCGACAAAAGCGAUUUACUACAGACAGCGGCAUUGCUACUAUUCAACACUUUUUAGAUACCACACAACUUGGCUUGUGA